AAACACUUAGGACCGACCCGGAGGUGGUUAUACUGAAUCUCAGCGCCAUAUUGCGGUAUUUGAGGUAGUUUGGACGAGCGGGGAGCUGCUGUUUUUAAAGUAGGACGGGCUUACAAUACAUACACCUUCUUAUUUACAUCUGCAUCUAAAAGAAGAAAGAAAAAAAGUUUGCAUUGCAUAUUUAUCGGUUCGUAACUGUAGGAGCAUAUCAACUUAAAAUGUCCAGACGGAGACACAGUGAUGAGAAUGAUGGAGGACAGCCUCACAAAAGGAGAAGAACAUCAGAACCCAUUGAAAUUGAAGACCGAUUGGAAUCCUUGAUUUGCAGAGUUGGGGAAAAGAGUACUUCGUCUUUGGAAAGCAAUUUAGAAGGCCUGGCUGGGGUUCUGGAGGCUGACCUUCCGAAUUACAAGAAUAAAAUCCUCCGGAUCCUCUGUACUGUGGCCCGGCUAUUACCAGAGAAGCUCACGGUCUAUUCAACGUUGGUGGGGCUGCUGAAUGCUAGGAACUAUAACUUCGGAGGGGAGUUUGUGGAAUCCAUGAUUCGACAGCUGAAAGAGACCUUGAAAUUAAACUUGUAUAAUGAAGCUUUGUAUCUUGUUCGCUUCCUAAGUGAUCUGGUUAAUUGCCAUGUGAUUGCUGCUCCAUCAAUGGUGGCAAUGUUUGAAAACUUUGUCAGUGUUGUUCAAGAGGAGGAUGGGCCACAGGUGCGCUGUGACUGGUAUGUGUAUGCAGUGCUGUCCUCUCUGCCCUGGGUGGGGAAGGAGCUCUACGAGAAGAAGGAUGUAGAAAUGGAACGGAUUCUAAACCAGAUCGAAAGUUAUCUGAAGAGGCGGCAAAAAAUACAUGUGCCAAUGUUGCAGGUCUGGACUGCUGAAAAACCACAUCCACAGGAGGAGUACCUGGACUGCCUGUUUGCGCAGGUACAGAAGAUGAAAAAGGAUCGCUGGCAGGAGAGGCACAUCCUUAGACCAUACAUCGCCUUCGACAGUGUUCUGUGUGAGGCGCUGCAGCACAACCUGCCCCCGUUUACUCCACCUCCCCACUCCGAGGACGCUGUUUAUCCAAUGCCCAAGGUCGUCUUCAGGAUGUUUGACUAUACAGAUGCGCCAGAGGGCCCUGUCAUGCCUGGCAGCCACUCAGUCGAGAGGUUUGUAAUAGAGGAGAACCUUCAUUACAUCAUCAAGUCUCACUGGAGGGAAAGGAAAACCUGUGCCGCUCAGCUUCUUAGCUACCCUGGGAAAAACAAGAUUCCGCUCAACUACCACAUCGUGGAGGUGAUUUUUGGAGAACUGUUCCAGCUGCCACAGCCUCCGCACAUCGAUGUCAUGUACACCACUCUGCUGAUUGAGCUCUGCAAACUGCAGCCUGGCUCUUUGCCACAAGUCCUCGCACAAGCUACAGAGAUGAUGUACACACGCCUGGAUACAAUGAACACCACUUGUAUAGACAGGUUUCUCAACUGGUUUUCCCAUCAUUUAAGCAACUUCCAGUUUCGAUGGAGUUGGGAUGACUGGUCUGACUGCUUGACUCAGGACCUUGAUAAACCCAAACCAAAGUUUGUAAGAGAGGUGUUGGAGAAAUCCAUGAGGCUUUCUUAUCAUCAAAGGAUUGUGGACAUUGUACCAGCUAACUUUUCGGCGUUGAUACCAACAAACCCCAUUUUCAUAUAUAAAUAUAUGGAUGAAAGUAGUAGUUCCCUGCCUGGCUAUGCUGUGACGAUCGCCAUCAGCAAUGCAAUUAUAAACCGAUCCUCGAACGACGAGAUCCUGACGAUCCUGAAAGAUGUUCCCAACCCCAACCAGGAGGAUGAUGACGAUGAAGGCGACAGUUUCAAUCCUCUGAAGAUUGAUGUGUUCCUGCAGACGCUGCUUCACAUGGCUGCAAAGUCUUUUAGCCACUCCUUCAGUGCUCUGGCCAAAUUUCACGAGGUGUUGAAAAUCUUGACUGACAGCGAUGAAGGGAAGCUGCACAUCCUUAGGGUGGUGUAUGAAGCCUGGAGAAAUCAUCCGCAGAUGAUAUCUGUGUUGAUUGACAAGAUGAUUAGAACUCAGAUUGUUGACUGUGCAGCGGUGGCAAACUGGAUCUUCUCUCCAGACAUGGCCCACGAUUUCACCAGGUUUUAUGUUUGGGAAAUCCUGCACUCCACUGUUCGUAAAAUGAACAAACAUGUGCAGAAGAUACAGAAAGAGCUGGAGACUGCCAAGGAGAAACUGGAAAAACAACACAGCAGAAGGAAGGACAGUGGUGACGAGGAGGAGGACAAGAACAGUGAUGAAGAGGAUGGGCCGUUGGAAGAACAAAUUGAACGUCUGCAGGAGAAAGUGGAGUCUGCUCAGAGUGAACAGAAAAACCUUUUCCUGGUCAUCUUCCAGCGCUUUAUCAUGAUGCUCACAGAGCACUUGGUGCGUUGUGAAACCGGAGGGGUUGACUUCAACACACCCUGGUACAAGAACUGCAUUGAGAGGCUGCAGCAGAUCUUCCUAAUGCAUCACCAGACUAUCCAGCAGUACAUGGUCACAUUGGAGAACCUGCUCUUCACAGCUGAGCUUGACCACCACAUCCUAACCGUCUACCGGCAGUUCUGCGCUCUGCAGAUGUAAAGAGCAUUUUCACGAUGACAGGAGCCUGGAGAUUGAAGGGUGUCUUGUGUGAACAGAGACUUGGCAUUUCUUGCAUCAAGAUUCCCAUUUGAGAGGAGCCUUUUUAUAAUGUUUUUAUUUUUCAUUCAGGGUCAUAUGUCAUUUGCAGACCCUUUCUAAUUGUGUUUGGUUUUAAAUAAGAAAACGAAUGGGCGGCAUUAAAUAUUAAAUGAGCAAGGCUGUAGUUGAAAGGAACAAUGUGGACAUUUUCAUAUUUUUGGGGGAUGGAUGGGGAGGGGAGGCUGUGUUGAUUCUCUACAAUGUUUUUUGGUGUUUUACUUUAUUUUGAUGGUGGAGAACUUCCAAGAACUGAUCUAUUAAUGUUUGCUAGACUCCAUAGUUUUAACUUUUGAACUUAUUCAACUACAAGUAGCUAAUUAUUGUCUUUUGCGUGCAUUCAAAAAUAUGUACUUGCUCUGAUGUUGGAUACGAUAUUGAUGCUAAAACAAUCUGGCCAACCUGGAAGGAAUCUAGAACAACCAACUAUUAUUUUACUACAUAAUAUACUGUACAAUCUGCGGAAUGCCUGAAUAUGAGAGUGUAUAACAGUAGCAUUAUACAGAGUGCAGGAAGCAUGGCAUAUAUAGUUUUAUUCUUAGUUUACAUAAACCUGAAAAGUGAUUCUGUAAGGAGUGAACAAUUGGAUGAAAUACACUGGAAUCUGUUGCCUUUUUUUACAAUUGUGUGUCUUUCUAUUAUUUAUUUUUUUUUAGUUCAGGGUGGGUUGGGGGAUUUGCAUAAUUGAACUUUGCCUUUUUAAAGCAACAUUGUUAUUACUGCUACACUAUACUGUUUCACUGCAAGCCAUUACAAAAAAAGGUAAAUGGAAGCGCUCAGUAAUGUUCAUUCAGCCAUUUGUUUGCUUCUUUUCCAGACACUUGAUGAAGAUGUUUUACAGCAUGUCUCCAUGGUUGUGUAGUGUUAUGACUAACAAUGUUGUGUGUACUUCAUUGCCUUUCACAUAUUGUGUAUCCUGUAUGGCUCCUACGUCAGUCAUUUCUUCCCCAGCACACCACCUCUACUUUCAACCAAACUCAUUACAGAGUUAGUGGCAUAUAUCUUGCCAAAUGAUUAUUCAAAAAAGCACCUGUUUAAAGCCUGAUACAAUACA